CGCGGGAGGUCUCGGGUGGAAUUCAGUAUUGCAGUUCUCAGCGGCGACGGCAUUGGGCCGGAGGUUACCGCCGAGGGGGUUAAGGCCCUGGAGGCGGUGGGCCGCGCCUUUGGCCACACCUUCAACCUCGAAUACGGCGACGUGGGCGGUAUCUCCAUAGACAAGCAUGGUACGCCCCUUACGACGGAAGUUCGAGAACUGGCCGGCGCCGCCGACGCAGUCCUUUUCGGCGCGGUGGGCGGGCCCAAGUGGGACGAUCCAUCGGCAACAGUGCGGCCCGAGGACGGCCUGCUCCAACUACGUUCCCACCUGGGCGUCUUCGCCAACAUCCGCCCCGUCAAGGUCUAUCCCAACCUGGUGGAAUCCAGCGUCCUGAAGCCCGAGGUCCUGGAAGGGGUAGACAUGGUGGUGGUGAGGGAACUGACCGGCGGGCUCUACUACGCCGAGCCCAAGGGCCGCCACCAGACUCCCCAGGGCUGGACGGGCGUGGACACCAUGCGCUACAGCGAGGGCGAGAUCGAGCGGGUCCUUAGGGUAGGGUUUGAGCUGGCCCGGGGCCGUCGCAAGAAGCUGGCGUCCAUCGACAAGGCCAACGUGCUGGAAUGUUCCCGCCUCUGGCGGCAGAUUGCCACCCGCCUGGGCGAGGAGUACCCCGAUGUGGAGCUGGAGCACGUUUUGGUAGACGCCUGCGCCAUGCAAUUGAUACAGCGCCCAGCCCACUUCGAUGUCAUUGUGGCGGAGAACACCUUUGGAGACAUCCUCACCGACGAGGCGGCAGUGCUGUCCGCCUCCAUGGGCCUGCUGCCCUCGGCCAGCCUGGCUGACGUGCCCAUAGAGGGGCGCAGGAUCCCCGGCUUUUACGAGCCUAUCCACGGCACCGCGCCGGACAUAGCCGGACAGGGCAUUGCCAAUCCGGUGGCCUCCACCCUCAGCGUGGCCCUGAUGCUACGCUACUCCCUGGGCCUGACCGAAGAGGCGGCCAGCGUCGAACGGUCGGUGGAAAUGGCCCUGGAUGCCGGGCACCGCACUCCGGAUAUAGCAGUGGAAGGCACCCACCGGGUCAGCACGACCGAAAUGGGCGACCUGAUCGCCAACGCCAUAGCGCCGUAG